CAAUUGUCAUUUGUCAUCUUUGGAAAUUGCAAUUUUGCUUGCUUUGUUAGAAAAUCAAUUUAAAAAUAAAUAAAUUAUCGUAUCGUGUUAUUGAAUAAAAAACAAUGGCUUCAGUUAAAGACGUUGCUACCCUAUAUCAAAAUCUCAAAACUGAAUGGGCAAAGAAACCUCGCAAGCUUGAAAAAUGCGGCGAACUUUUGAACAAAAUUAAGAUAGCGUUGACACAGUUAACCUUUUUGCCGAGUAAUAAUACAGCGGCAAACCAGAAGGAACUAAUAUUAGCGCGCGAUGUACUCGAAAUCGGUGCCCAGUGGGCUGUGGCCACCAAAGACAUGAAAGCUUUCGAAAGAUACAUGUCCCAGUUGAAAUGCUAUUAUUUUGAUUAUAAAGAUCACCUUCCAGAAUCAGCUUUUAUGUACCAACUGCUUGGUUUGAAUCUGCUUUUCCUUCUAUCUCAGAAUAGAGUGGCAGAGUUUCACACAGAGCUAGAGAGGCUGUCAGUUGAUGUAAUCAGAGUGGACCCUUAUGUCAAACAUCCGUUAGCAUUAGAACAGUAUCUCAUGGAAGGCAGUUAUAAUAAGAUUUUCUUGGCCAAGGACAAUGUGCCAGCAGAGAGCUACACUCUAUUCAUGGAUACUCUGCUAGAGACAGUGAGAGGUGAAAUAGCUGCAUGUAUCGAGAAGGCAUAUUUCUGUAUAUCCUGCAAUGAAGCGGCCCGGAGACUCAACUUGCCUUCACAACAGGCUGUACUUGAAUAUGGAAAGAAGCGCAACUGGGUGCUUGGCGCUGACAACUGCUACCAUUUCUCAGCCUCCGUGGACACCAGUGCCUCGGCAGCUGAAGUGUUCCCAUCAUCAGAACUUGCUGAGCAAACCAUAGAGUAUGCCAGACAUCUAGAGAUGAUUGUGUAGAUUGUAAUGUUUAACAAAAUUAUAUAUCUAUUGAAAUAACAAUUGUAACUAUGUAUUCAUUAAAAACGUUUUAAUAAUAAAAUGAGAAAAGAACUACAUAGCUAA